GAAAUUAUUGAAAACAAAACAACAAAAAACUACGGCCGAAAAAAGUGUGCGCUAUAAAAAGCGAUUGUUGAAAAGUGUAAUUGUUGUUGUUGGUGCGCUAAAAAAUUUUAUGUGGAAAUUGUGAAAUAUAUUUAAUGGAAAUGUGCCCCCGAGAAAUUGAACCAGAAACCAGGCCAGCAAAUAUACAUGAAGAGUGUUUCGAGUACUUCAGAAACUAAACUGAAAAUAUUAUAUAUAGCAUAUGCAUAAUCUAAUUUUAUUGAUGAACUUAGUAGAUAACAAUUGCUUUUCAAGUGAUUUGUGAUUUGUGCGUUGUUGCCCCUAAGUUAUGUGUUCGUUAAGCACGGCACGUCAUUUGGCACCUGUUCGGCAAGUUUCUUGAAAAGUGUUUAAAAAAUAAUUUAAAGCUAUUUAUGCUAACGAGCAGCUGGAAAAUAAAGGAGAAGCGGGUGUUGAGGGCUGAGAGCUGAGGCCUCACCCAACCAGCCGUUGACCUAAUCCCCUUCGGAAAGUGAGAGUAACUCGAGCUGAAAGCCACUUGUGGGAAUUGGGUUAUCUCUACAUUGAAGCCGCCUACAGGAAGAGGAACAAGACACAGCAGCGCGACAAUCAGAGCACAGCACCCUAAGCAGAACAUUCAGCUACUUAUCUAUAUACAUACAUAUAGAUUUAAAGCCUGACACAAUAAUAAAUCGGAGGAGUCUUUAAGUACGACGGCAACGGCAACGGCAGCGGCAUCAACAAUUACGGCAAACAGCCGUGAGCACAAAACAUUUAUUAAGCUGACCGCAAAUAGCGUUUUAUUAAGCAUACGCCACAUUAGCCCGUAGGCUGGCAGGGAUGGACGGACGGACGGCCAAGCGCACAUCAAAUUAGUAAUCAAGCAUCACAAAAGCAACGCCCAGGGCCGACGUACACCGAAUAAGCCUUGGCUGAGUCGUCUCCGGCUUCGGCUUUGGCUCUGGCUCCGGCUACGGGUCCGGGUCUCGGUCUGGCUCUGCCUGGAAGCUCAACUGCGCGGCAGACAGAACUAAUAAGUCGACUUUAUUUUUAUUGAAAUUAUGAUUAAUGACAGAAAUAUUGCACGACGGCGAUGAAGAAUCGUCGCAUUGUCACGAAUUAAGGGCACAAGCCCAUUGACCAUGAUAAUGAACAUGACCAUCACGAUAAUGACGAUGCCAGUGAUGAGCAUCACGCUAAUGAUAUUGCUGCGGCCAAGGCUCGAUUUUUGACGCGUCUGUCAAGCCAUGGACCAGACAGCGCACACAAAGCUGAUGAUGAUGAUGAUGAUGAACUUAAUCAAAGGCCGUUUAAUGAGCGUCAAUGCUGUUGACGCCGACGCUGUUGAUUGCCGGUGUGCAAGCAACUACGAGAGCAGCAGGAACAACGACAACAGUGACAACAGUAAUAGCAAUUAAGGUAAAUUGCUCAUACGACACGUUGUACGAGGCAAAUUCUUAUUUGCAAAGCACAAAGAGAAAGUGCAAGCACAAAAGAAAUUCAUAAUUUGAUGGCUUCACCUGGGCAGCAUUGCGUUGCAACAGCAGCAGCAGGAGCAGCAGGAGCAGUCCGCCAGCAACGACAUCAUCAACACAACAACAACAACAACAAUUACACCCGCAACAACAACAACAAACUGAUCUCCACAGCCACACUGACGCUGCUCAUACUCUGCCUGAGCAGCUGCAUAGCCUACGCCACGGCAGCAGCUACGUCGACGGAACAGCCGGCCACAAGGAGCCCGGACAGCGGCACUCUGAGCGAUGAUUUCAACAGCAGCAGCGCCUUCCUGGGCGCCAUUGCAUCUGCGGCGAGCUCUGUGAACAGCAGCCCCAUUGCCAUUGUCAGCUAUCCGGGCAUCACGAGCAGCACUCCGAAUGGCAGCAGCAGCACGCUGGUGUCCAUGUCCGACACGCCCCUGCUGCUGGACGAGCUGGCUCCCGGCGAGGAGGAGUUCGAGCUGCCGCCGCUGCAAUCGGUGAUAGUGAGCAUCAUCCUGCUGAUUGUCAUCCUGGGCACUGUGGUGGGCAAUGUGCUCGUCUGCAUAGCCGUGUGCAUGGUGCGCAAGCUGCGGCGGCCCUGCAAUUACCUGCUCGUCUCGCUGGCACUAUCCGAUCUCUGCGUGGCCCUGCUGGUCAUGCCGAUGGCUUUGCUGUACGAGGUGCUUGAGCGCUGGAGCUUUGGCACGCUGCUCUGCGACAUUUGGGUGUCGUUCGACGUGCUCUGCUGCACCGCCUCCAUACUGAAUCUGUGCGCCAUCUCCGUUGACCGCUAUCUGGCCAUUACCAAGCCCCUGGAGUACGGCGUCAAGCGCACUCCGCGGCGCAUGAUGCUCUGCGUGGGCAUCGUUUGGCUGGCUGCCGCCUGCAUCUCGCUGCCGCCGCUGCUGAUACUGGGUAACGAGCACGAGGACGAGGAUGGCCAGCCCAUAUGCACAGUGUGCCAGAACUUUGCCUACCAGAUCUAUGCGACGCUCGGCUCCUUCUACAUACCCCUCUCCGUCAUGCUGUUCGUGUACUACCAGAUCUUCAAGGCUGCACGGCGCAUUGUGCUGGAGGAGAAGCGCGCCCAGACGCAUCUACAGCAGGCGAUGAACGGCACCGGCUCGCCGCAGACGGCGACAGCUCCUGCCCUGCCGCACACUGAGCUGGGCAGCGGCAAUGGCGCUGGCCAUGGGCACCGGCACAGCAGCAUAGGCAACACCUCGCUUACCUACUCCACCUGCGGCGGGCUGAGCACCAGCGGAGGGGGAUGCGGUGCUGGAGGAGGCGGUGUGGGCAUAACGCAUGGUCAUCACGGCAGCGGCGGUGGCGUAAGCGGGUCAACGGGACUGCUGGGAUCUCCGCAUCACAAGAAGCUGCGCUUUCAGCUGGCCAAGGAGAAGAAGGCAUCGACUACGCUGGGCAUCAUCAUGUCCGCCUUUACCGUCUGCUGGCUGCCCUUCUUCAUACUGGCACUGAUCCGACCCUUUGAGACGAUGCAUGUGCCGCCUUCGCUCUCCUCGCUCUUCCUCUGGCUAGGCUAUGCCAACUCUCUGCUAAAUCCGAUUAUCUACGCCACGCUAAAUCGCGACUUUCGCAAGCCCUUCCAGGAGAUACUGUACUUCCGGUGCUCCAGCCUGAACACCAUGAUGCGCGAGAACUACUACCAGGAUCAGUACGGCGAGCCGCCGUCGCAGCGCGUCAUGCUGGGCGAUGAGCGGCAUGGUGCACGCGAGAGCUUCCUGUGAAGCCAACGGAUCCCUGGAUACUUGGCUCUCUAAAUAUCUCUAGGUGUUGUACUCUACACGACUAAGCCAAAACAAAAUAGUGUCUACUGCUUGGCAAGGAAUGCGAACUACAGAAGCAUCACCCUCUCCCACACUCACACAGACACACCGACCUAUAUGUACUAUGUAUGAGUAUAUGUAACUGUUUACCUAUGAGUAUUUUUUGUAUGUAGUAGUGUUGCAUAACGCAAACCAUAAUUACGAUAUAUGAUAAAAGAUAAUUGAUAAACGAUAAACGAUAAAUGUAGAUGACUCCUCUAAAUGUAACUGAACGUUGUAAUUUUUAAAUGUAACACUAAGCAAUGAAGUGGUCUAUACAAAAGCAACCACUCUACACACACACACAAACACAUAUACACAAGUACCCACCCAAAGACAACCAAGACAACUCGCACACACACACACACUUACACAGAAUACUGUUGCAAAACAAUCGAUAAGUAUGUCUAUACAUUCUACUAGGUUUCCUUUUCGUAACUUUAGAUUGUUUCGUCUAUCGAAUAUCGAUAGUUUUGUAGCACACAGACACUCAAAACUCACAUCACAAGAUGGUUGUACCACUGUUAAUCCAGAACAGGUUUUCACACGGUUCCUUUUUAUGUUUCUUAGCUCCAAAACAAGAGAACCGAUUACAAUCACAAUCGAUAUCGAAUCUAUUGAGCCCACAGCGAGCGUAGUAUAUUUGCGAUACUCAAACAGAGCCAAAAAUUAAAAUUAAAUAAGAUAUUGUGUCAUCUAAAUUAAACUUAAUAUACGAUAGCUAUAUAAACACAUACGUACAUAUAUAUGUAGUCAAACAUGACAAAAUGGUGUCUAUAAACUGUGGAACUGUAAAUAGGAAAAGUCUACAUACAUAUAUCAGAAAUCAAGCAGAUGCAGAUCUAUCUCUGUCUGUGUGCAGCUCUGUCUCAGAACGUAUAUUUACUAUACUCGUACAGCUAAAGCUCAAUACUAAGUUACACUUAAAUGUAUUUAUUAAAUACUUUCUGCAAUAAUUAUAUUACAUCUUGUUUUAUCUUAUCUUUUUGUGUAUUUGUAUAAAAGUCACGCCUCUCUGUGAUACCAAACAUUAAGCAUUACAUUUUUAUGUUUAGAUCAACUGCAUUAAAUUAUAAUAUAAAAUAAAUUACUAAAUAUAACUAACUAGUUACUGCUAGUUUAUACGAGUGCUAACGACGCAUAUAGAUACUAUAUGAAUAUAUAAAUAAAUAUAUACAUAUACAUAUAUACAUUAUAUACAUUUACAAAUAUCUAGUCUGGCUAAGUCUAUUAUGUGUGCGUAUUUUUAUUGUAUGUACGAUAUGUCUGCGUUAAGCACAUGAUAUUCAAACAUAAAACCGAGUUACGUAUGUGUACUGUAUGUUCAAAUACAAAAAUAACAAAAUACCAACUAACAAAAAAAAAAAACACUGGUAAAUAAAAGAAAACUAAUUCCCCCCACACAGACACAGACAAAUCCAAAUCCUAAAUGGAAUGAAAGGAGCAUGACAAACUAAGCGCAUCUAAUGCCAUGCAUCACAGAGCUAAAGUUCUGUAAACAAAACAUAAUAUUAAAGAAAACAAAAAUAAAUCAACAAAACUAUUUGAAAUUCUUUCAAGUGAAGCUUACAAAACUGUAAAAUUGCAUUUGAAUUCUGCUUCCCACAGCUGCAAGUGCAAAAUAUACAAAA